UCAGGUUGAUUUAAGUAAAUUACGUUAUGUUUAUAUCUAUUAAGUCGAUGCUUAUUUUAUCAAUAAAGUUGAUCGAGAUCAAAAAUUAGCUCAUCGACGAGUUGUUGAAUAUUUCGAAAAUAAAGAUAAAGUUCAUGUAACACGUUUACGUUUAAAUCGUCUUCGUUAUGCCGUUUCUCUUUGGUCAGCAAUGAUGGUUGAUGGUCAAAUGUCAACACGUGAUUUUUCUUUGACACUUUGUAAUCGUACAUCAUAUCUAAAUGGUUAUCAUGAAUUAUUACGAAAAUUUUUAUUUCGUUCAACACAUACAUUACCAGCUAUAGGUCUCGUUAUAUUAGAAGCAAUACCAAAUAAAUAUAAUGAAUAUUUUCAUAAAUUAGCACAUAAAUUUUAUGAUGAAAUUCAAGUAUUAUUAGGUAAUAAUGGAAUAUUAUUUUUUCCAACAUUUCCUCAAUCAGCACCUGUACAUGGUUGGCCCGUUUUAAUGAAUACAUUUGAUUAUAUUUAUUGUGGAAUUAUAAAUGCAUUAGGUUUACCAUCAACACAAUGUCCAUUAGGUUUAGAUAGUCAACAAUUACCAUUAGGUAUUCAAUGUAUUGCUGCUCGUGGUCACGAUCAAUUAACAUUAACUGUUGCACAAGAAAUUGAACAAGCCAUGGGUGGUUGGGUACCACCGAGUCUUGUUGCUUUAGUUUAA